AUGGUAAAUUGUUUUAUAGUGUAAUAGUUGCUGCCGGAAAUUGUGUACAGAAUUGUAAGGAGGACUGUUGUAUUGUGACCUGUUAGUUAUUUUCUUUAAUUAUUGAUGGUGUCAAAGGCAAAGUCUCUCUAGUCUGUUUUCUCUGUUCUUUCCAGUCAGCCUUUUACUGAUUGUCCAGAUACAAUCAGUGAAGAACUAUCAUUAGUGGUUUGUUGCUUAUUUAUUUGCCUUUUUUCAUUACAUCAACGACUCCAUUUGUUGUUGUCUUUAGUUAUUACAUUACUAGAGCUAAAUUCAAUUCCUAUAGCUUGAUUUUAAAGAGAAAAAAAAUGCUCUUGUUAACAUAAUGUGAUACAGUUAUAUGGCACCACUGAGUGCAUUUAAUCUUCUUAAUUGAAAUAUAUCUUUCUCAUGUAUUUUCUGUCACUUUUCUAGUGAGUAAGUCUAAUCUCAGCUUAAGUAUAAUUCACAGGAAGCUUUAGUACAAAUUCUGCCAUUUCGUAAGGAUUUAGUUUAAUGAUUUCUUUUCAAGAUUCAGCCAAUAUAUUGGCCUGCUUAUUGUGCACUGAAAUAUUGUAUUACCACAAUAUUAUAAGGGAUAGAGGUAGGCGAUAGUGCGUGUAGACAUGUUACGGUCUUUAACUUCUAAUUUGAAUUGCUUGAUAGGAGUUAAACUGUCUGGUGAAUAAUGGAAAGAAAUCUUUAAUUCUUGUACAAGACAUCCAUAUAUGCUCUCAGUACACAAUUCAAUUGCAAUUAAUUCAAUUGCAUAACCUAGUCUUUUAGAAAUAGCAUACUUGUUAUAGAAUAUAGUGAGAAUUAAAUGAGAAUCAUUAAUUUUUGUGGCUAGAUGCUGAUACAAUAAUAGUGCACUGUGUGAGGGAAAAACCCCAAAUAUGAUUUUUGUUUCUUUCCUCAUUUAAAUAGUAUAGUAUAAUGUCCUCUGGAAAAUAAUCAAAACAUACAAUUAUCUGGCAAUAUUUUAGGGAGAUAUUUCCAUCAAUCUAUUUAAGAGAGAGAUUAGAAUAAUCUAUAACAAAAAAGUCUGCAUCUCUCUCUCUCUUCCCACUCCAUUUUCCCCUUUCCUGAGCAGGAAGCUACAUGUGCUGUUUUUCACACAACUUUGUAAAGACUGCUUUAAAUAAAAAUAUUUUUAUUUUUCUUACCGUCAUUCAAAACGAAGUGAGUUUUUGGCUUGAUUAGCUUCCUACUGGGCAAAUAUCCACAUUGUUUAAUAACAGUAAUAAUUAAAAAAAAAACACAUAGCCCAGUGUUGAUAUCGGCUAUUAUACCAUUCUUUCAGACACUUCCCAGAGAGCGGCUAGAGCUCACACUGAGAUGUAGAUUAAACCAAUGUUGUCUCCAAAGCCAAGUCUUUUAGAUUUGAGUUUGUACGAUUUGAAUGGAGCAGCCUGAGAAAAAUACCAGGAUUGUGCAUGAGACUUACUACACCUUCAACACCAGGAAAAGAACAGAAUUCCUGUUAUUGUGGUUUACUAGUAUUUUAUCAGCAAGCAGAAAAGAAAUACAGCUUCCAAAUGAAUCAUAUAUAUCCCAAAUUCUGUUGAGAUUUGGCCAGCUAGUUUAGGUAAAAAGAUUACCUUUGUGGUUGGGAAUAUCUGUCAGAUAGCAUUUAUUAUUCCAGAUGCAAUGUUAAAAAAGAGGCGUUUUAGGUCUUACUACAGUCGAUAUCCUAGUAAUGUAAGUCUAAAUGUUAUCACCUAUGCUUUCUACAUUUCUCAUGAUAAAGCCUAUAACAAUAAAUUGAACUGCUGCUCAACUACUGCUGAAAGCUUGCUUCUGUAUAUUUGCCAAACACUGCCUGUAUACCUUGUGAUUUAGGUUAAGGUGCUUGCAUAAUUUGUGUUGGCGUUAUUUAACAUGCUGUAUGUAUUCAAAAAUUAAAGUGAAUUCAAAAUUAAUUAAGCAAAAUUUAAAUUAAUUCAAGCUUGAAAUAUUUCUGUGAGGGCACAGAUCUGAGAAACUGGCCAAAGCCAAAGGAAGGGACACAUAGUAUAGUUAGGUGUGCAGCAUAUUUGGUCUGCAUCCGAAUAAACCUGUCUUUAGAGGUGUUUUAAAUACACAUUGUGUACAAUUCGUACAUGUUCUUUCAGUCGGGAUUGCUGACUUGGCCCUUUGAAACCACAUCUCCCUGUUUCCAUUAACUUGUAUGUGAAGGGAUGAUAAUAUCUGACAAUCAGUGCUAAAACACCAGCAUUGCAGUUCUGCAGCGAUACGGUUUAUGUGUACAGGGGGACGUGCUCCCCUAGAUGCCCUCUCUACAUGAGCUUUCGGUCUUCUGAUCCCCCCAAGGCUGCUCCUCAUGUCUGACCAAUGCUGUGCAAAUUACCUGAGGAUGUGCAUUUUCUGAUAACUUUUCGAGGAAUUAUACUUUUAAAGAAAUGACUUUGCAUGCUUGAAAACAAGCUAGUUUAUCUAGAAUAUUGUUUAUGAUUGUAAAUAAUGUGUGAUUUUUGUCUGUCUCUAAAGUCCGAAAACUUUUGACAAGACCUAUUUCAUCUGUUUAAAAAAAUACAGUUUAAAGUGAACAGUGAAAUGACUAAAUAACAAUUGUGGAUAUUGGUGUCUGGACUGAGAUUUUUUUUUUCUUGAUAUGAGAGGCAUACACACAGUUUGCCCAGUGAUGCUGUCUUCAUCUUUUUAUUGUCAUGCAAGAUAAACCUUGUUUUACCCAAAAUUCCAAAUUUUACUUGGUAAUAACUAGAUGUUGGUUCUGUUAAAUAAUUUGAGUUUUACUCAAAGGCACAGAAGCAAGCAGGUUAUGAUCUUCAGGAAUGAUGCAAAUAAUUUAUCUGAGUCUAAUGCCUUAGUCAUUCUUCUGACUCUGUUUAACUUCGGAGGUAGCUUUAUAGGUAGGCUGUGAAACACGUGGCCCACUACCAGCCCUAAUAGGCACAAAACUGUGUUAGUACUUUCGUUUUGUACUUUUGCCAAGAUCCAUCAAAACAUCGUGAUAACUUUCUUUACACACUUUGUAAUGACUUCUAGGCGUUUUCCUGGAUGCUAUCAGGUGAACAUUAUCAAAAGUUCCUACGAACAAAGAGUGCACUCAAAAGGUAUGUCUUUGCCUGUAACUCAGCAUUAAGGGUCCACAUACCAGAAUCUGAGCAUCUGGAACACAACAGUAUAGAAACUUAAAUGUAGACUAUCCUAGAUGCUAUCCUAGGGAGAAAGAACUACAGUAAUAUUUUGUUACUAGUGACCAUGUGGCCUACACUAUUCAGUAUAAGAGAGGGGGAGAGGUGAAAAUUAUUGAGUAAGUUAAACAUUCAGUAUAAAUGUUCCUCAGAAUUUGGUGAGAGAGAUGAAAAAGUGAUUUUAUGCUACCUAAGAUGAAGCAUCCUUGUUUUUUCGGCCGGCUGGGAAACAAAAAACAGCCAUCUAUGGGCUAACGUUCUCUGAAGAAUGUGCGAUAAAUAGAUACCUCAAAAGAACACUCCACAGGCUCUCAUCAGCUUAGCAAUUUGAGAAGGAGAAGAAUCUUCUUCCAGUUUAAGAAACAGCACCACAGAAGACCAUUUUUUUCUAGUAUGCGUGUUGUUAAAUCCUAGGGAAAUCUAAAUUCAGAUAGGACUUGCUCUGAACAGCCAUGAUGUCCUUGAUAGCGUUUCAGAUCAUCGACAAGGAGAUUAAUCCCUUUGUGGACAAAUGGGAAGAAGAAGGACAGUUCCCAGCGCAUAAAGUAUUUAAAAUCCUAGGACAGGCUGGAUUCCUUGGUGUGGAUAAGCCAACAGAAUAUGGCGGCAUGGGCUUGGACUUCUCAUAUAACAUUGCAGUGGCAGAAGAACUGGGAAAUAUCCGCUGUGGAGGUAUUCCUAUGGCUAUUGGAGUGCAAAUUGGCAUGACUACACCUGCUCUAACAAGGUUUGGUUCAGAUGAGUUGAAAAAACAGUUCCUUGUGCCAACUAUAGCUGGAGAUGCAGUAGCUUGUUUGGGAAUCAGUGAAGUUGGAGCUGGAUCAGAUGUUGCAAAUAUCAAGACAACAGCCAUGAGAAAAGGCGAUGAAUAUGUCAUAAAUGGUGGUAAGAUGUGGAUUACAUCGGGGUGCCAAGCGGACUGGAUGUGCCUGCUCGCAAAUACCAGUAAAGGACCUCCACAUCAAAAUAAAUCUCUCAUAUGUCUGCCAAUGAAUCUGCCUGGCAUUCACAUUGCUAAAAAGAUAGACAAGCUGGGCAUGAGGUCAUCAGACACAGCUCAGAUCUUUUUUGAAGAUGUAAGAGUCCCCAGCAAAAACCUCAUUGGUGAGGAAGGAAUGGGUUUUACAUAUCAGAUGUUGCAAUUCCAAGAAGAGCGGCUGUGGGGAGUAGCCUCUGUCCUGACACCACUGGAAAAUAUAAUACAAGAAACUAUCGAGUACACUCGCCAGCGAAAAGCUUUUGGCCAGUCAAUACUGCAUAACCAAGCAGUGCACUUCCGCCUGGCAGAGCUAGCAACCGAGGUGGAACUCCUUCGCUCUCUGCUGUACCGGACUCUUGCUCUCUAUGUAGAAGGCAAUGAUGUGACUAAAUUCGCUUCCAUGGCUAAGCUAAAGGCAGGUCGUCUGGCCCGUGAGGUGACUGAUAGUUGUCUUCAAUUUUGGGGAGGAAUGGGAUUCACCAGUGAGGUCCUAGUGAGUAGAUUUUACAGAGACUUGAGAUUAUUGUCAAUAGGAGGCGGUACAGAUGAAACCAUGCUUUCUAUCAUAUGCAAAUACAUGGAAACACUUCCAAAAAAGUAGCACAUCUCACCGUUCUUUAAAAUUUAAGAACCCAAGAGCAUGGCUUUUACUACGUACCAAAGGUAACAGGGCAAUACAUGUUUCAAGGGUAAAAUAAUAAAACUUACCAGUAAUUUUGCCAAUGAAAUGCUUGUCAGGGUCUUUGACCAAUAUUGCUUGUUCUACAUUUUCUCCAAUAUCAAAUUUAUGUUGAUGAGAAGCAAACUGAAAGCGUAUGGCCUCCUGCAAGAUUUUUUUUUCCAUUUAGUAGAGUGGUUAGUGCUUUGAAUGAUCUACUGAUCCAUACUAACCACCCAUACUAAGAACCUGUCUUAUUUAGUCAAUAAUAAGAAGCCACCACUUCUUAAACAUACAGCUACAGCUAGAAUUCCCUUAGCAGCCUAAACAAAUUUCAGGGUAAAGCUAUACUAAAUUAUUGAUCUUGAAAGCAAAGUAAGUGAAGUAUUAUGGCACAAAUUAUUCCCUUUGAUAGUCAAGUAAAGAAUAGUAAUUUUGCUCUCAAUAAACUGUACCUUCCACAGCUUCACUUCUAACUAGUAAUCGUCAAACUGAAUUCCUUCAACAGACCUGGGUCAAACAAGUUUCCCUGUCAGAUAGAUAGUAGCAUAGGGAACAGUGAUCCUCACUUUGUUCACUUUGUGUUUGACUUGUACUUUGCUCUGUCAUUUAAGUUUGGUGAUAGGAGCAAGAGUUGAUUUUUGGUUUUAAAGUCUACAAACAACUGUUUAAUUAUAUGUGAAGCUUUUGGAGGCCUGAAUUUCCUCAGUAAGAUUAUCAUGUUUUGUCUGUAAUCAUUCAUGAAAAAUUAAAGAUGUUAAACACGUGAAUAACAAAGUUGCUUGUUAUUGCUUAAACUUAUAUGAGAUGGUGCAAUUUAUAUUAUAUUCUGCAAUUGCUUUAAAGCAGAAGUGUGUAAUAAAUGAAAUAUUUUCAAAAUUAGUGUGACUUGUCACAGAAAAUAUCUCACUGAAAUAUACAUCUAGUAUGAUUAAGCAUCAAUUCUUAACAUGGUCUUUAAAUCUUAUUCUUUAUGUUUACUGGUA